GGUCACCUUGUUUGAGAGUAGAGCAGACACGAACCACUCGCCCCGAGCUGCCUGCAGUGCCUUGAAGCUGUUUGUGGGUGGCCUGGACUGGAGCACGACACAAGAAACUCUUCGUAGCUACUUCUCCCAGUAUGGAGAAGUUGUAGACUGUGUAAUAAUGAAAGACAAAACAACAAAUCAAUCUCGAGGAUUUGGAUUUGUCAAAUUUAAAGAUCCCAACUGUGUGGGAACAGUGCUGGCCAGCAGACCUCACACGUUAGAUGGCCGAAAUAUUGAUCCAAAGCCAUGUACACCUCGGGGGAUGCAGCCAGAACGGACACGACCGAAGGAAGGAUGGCAGAAAGGAUCCAGGAGCGAUAACAAUAAAUCCAAUAAGAUUUUUGUUGGUGGGAUUCCUCAUAACUGUGGCGAGACAGAGCUCAGGGAAUACUUCAAGAAGUUCGGAGUGGUCACUGAAGUUGUAAUGAUCUACGACGCAGAGAAACAGAGGCCCCGAGGUUUUGGAUUUAUUACUUUCGAGGACGAACAAUCAGUGGACCAGGCUGUCAACAUGCAUUUUCACGACAUCAUGGGCAAAAAAGUGGAGGUGAAACGUGCCGAGCCUCGGGACAGCAAGAGCCAGACUCCGGGGCCGCCGGGGGCCAGCCAGUGGGGGAGCAGGAUCAUGCCAAGCGCUGCCAACGGCUGGGCAGGGCAGCCCCCUCCGACCUGGCAGCAGGGAUACGGCCCACAAGGGAUGUGGGUGCCAGCUGGACAGGCAAUUGGUGGAUAUGGACCCCCUCCUCCGGGCAGAGGAGCUCCUCCCCCUCCACCUCCAUUUACCUCAUACAUAGUCUCCACACCUCCCGGGGGAUUCCCACCUCCACAAGGAUUUCCACAGGGCUAUGGCACCCCUCCACCAUUUAGUUUUGGUUAUGGUGCUCCACCUCCUCCACCUGACCAGUUUGCCCCCCCUGGGGUCCCUCCUCCACCUGCCACUCCAGGGGCAGCACCACUCGCUUUUCCUCCACCACCACCACCAUCUCAGGCAACUCAGGACAUGAGCAAACCCCCGACUGCUCAGCCAGAAUUCCCUUACAGUCAGUUUGGGUAUGGACAAGACUUGAGCGGGUUUGGACAAGGUUUCUCUGAUCCCAGCCAGCAGCCCCCUCCCUACGGAGGCCCCUCGGUGCAGCCCUCCAGCGGCCCCCCAGCCGGAGGCAGCGGCUUCGGCCGGGGCCAGAACCACAACGUGCAAGGAUUCCAUCCCUACCGGCGCUAGCCUGGGCUGGCAAUCAGGGAGUGCUGUCCACAGGGAUCUCUGGGACCAGCUGAACCCCGGGAUCCCAGACUUCUGAACUUGUGACAAUCACAUACUUGAUGGAAGAAAAACCUAACAACAAUUUUUUUUUGGGGGGGGGGGGGGGGGCAGAUGGCUUCUGAAGGCAGAGCUGUGGGUGUUUGGACUGCAGUUUUUAAAGAUUUUUUCCUUUCUCUAACCCAUCAGCACAAAUAAAGAAAAUGUCACUGGUUCAAACUACAGGGUUUUAAAAAUGUCUUCAGCUUUAAUUCAAAACUUCAGGUUUCUUUUUUUUGAAAUUAUUUUUCCUGAGCCUUUGUUUUACCGUAUAUUGUAAACUUUUAUGUUUAAAAGAAAAAAAAAAAAUAUAUACAUUUACAGAUUGUGAAAUUUUUAAGAGAAAUUUUCUACUAUGUAUGCUGGCUUAUUUUUUAAUUUAAAACAGGGGUUUCGGGGGGGGGGGGGGGGGGGGGGGGGGGGAGGGCUCCAGCCCCUCCCUCCCUGCCCAGGGCAGCGCUGGGGCGGAGGGAUCCGAAACUCUGGGAGUUGACAGAAAUCUACUGAGUGUAUUUUGCUGUUGUUGUGGGGGGGGGGGGGGGGGCGGGGCGGGGGGGGGGGCGGGACCCGUGGACACGCAGGGGCCCUGGUGGGUCUGGGCCUCCCUCGGGGUGCCGGGGGCUCCGCGGGGUGUAGAUUUCCCUCAGGCAAAAGGUUUCGGUGCGUUGGGCACUGGAGUGCUGAGCCCUGGUUUGAAUAAAGACAAGAACCUUUGGAUUAGAAACACCAA